GAAUCAGUGACGUUUGAAGAUAUAGCUGUAGACUUCACCAAGGAAGAGUGGGUCCUGCUGGACACAUCCCAGAGAAAGCUGUACAGAGAUGUGAUGCUGGAAAGUAUCAAUCAUCUGGUCUCCGUGGGCUAUCAGAUAUUCAAAUCAGAUGUUCUUUUCCAAUUGGAGCAAGGAAAAGAGCUGUGGAGUCAAGGAAGUGGAUUUCUCCAACACCAGAGUCAAGGCAGGAGAAAUCCCCUUAAAAAUCAAGAAAUGAUAUCAAUGAAACAUAACAGCAUGAAGAAAUUAUCUCUGCCAAUGCAUGUAUCUCACACUCAAGGGGAUACCAUUGAAUGUAUUGAUGUGGUUGAUGAAUUUACUCACAGAUCUUCAUUGCCUCGACGCUUGCCAGUUCAAAUGAGAAAGAAACCUCCUGUCAGCAAACACUGUGGAAAAUCACUUCAUGAUCAGUCAUCCCUUAAUCAAAUUCACACUAGCGAUGUGUCAUGUGAAUGUAAUCUAUGUGGGAAAGCCUUGAGUAAUUUCUUUAGCCUUAGACGACACAAGAUGAUUCACAGUGGAGAGAAACCAUAUAAAUGUCAUCUAUGUGGGAAUGGCUUUUUGCAAAAUUCUGACCUUAGAAACCACAUUCGAAUCCACACUGGAGAGAAACCAUAUAAAUGUCAUCUGUGUGGGAAAGUCUUCAGUCAAAGUUCAUACCUUAGACAACAUGAGAAAACUCACACAGGAGAGAAGCCAUAUGAAUGCCAUGUAUGUGAGAAAGCUUUCAGUCAAAGUUCUUACCUUAGGAAACAUGAGAGAAUUCAUCCUGGAGAGAAAAGUUAUGAAUGCCAUCAGUGUGGGAAAGAUUUCUGUCAAAGUUCUGAACUUAGACGGCAUAACAGAACACACUCAGGAGAAAAACCAUAUGAGUGUCAUCAGUGUGGGAAUGCCUUCAGUCAAUAUUCUAAUCUUAGGCGACAUGAGAGAACCCACACUGGAGAGCAACCGUAUGAAUGCCAGCUAUGUGGGAAGUUCUUCAGUCAUCGUUCUUCCCUUAGACGACACGAGGAAACCCAACAUUGA